AUGGACGAACCUUACGUAAAAACUUGUGAAGAAGUUUUAGAGUUUUUUAACGUCGAUAUAACCAAAGGUUUAACUGAAAAGCAGAUUAAAGAGAAUGAGAAAAUCUUUGGAAAGAACGAGCUUCCUCAGGAAGAACCAACUCCCUUAUUGGAACUCAUUCUAGAACAAUUCAAAGACCAACUCGUUAUAAUUCUCUUAAUUUCUGCUGCGAUAUCUUUUGUACUGGCUUUAAUCGAAGAUUCUGAAGACCAGAGUACUGCAUUCGUAGAACCAAUUGUGAUUCUCCUAAUAUUAAUUGCCAAUGCUACUGUAGGGGUCAUACAAGAAACUAAUGCUGAGAAAGCUAUUGAGGCUUUGAAAGAAUAUUCACCUGAUGAAGCAAAAGUUUUACGUGAUGGACAUCUAAGCAAACUUCAUGCUUCGGAACUUGUACCAGGUGACAUUAUUGAUGUCGCUGUAGGUGACAAAAUUCCGGCUGAUUGUCGAGUAUUAAAGAUUUAUUCAUCUGCUUUAAGAGUCGAUCAGGCUAUCUUUACUGGUGAAAGUGUUAGUGUGAAUAAAGACACUAGGCCAAUUGAAGACCGACAGGCUGUGAAGCAGGAUCAAACAAAUAUUCUAUUUACGGGAACCACUGUAGUACUUGGAAAGGCACGCGCCGUUAUUGUUAAAACUGGUGCAAAUACAGCCAUUGGUGAUAUUCAUGAAAAUAUUGCUAGUCAAAUAUCUGCCAAAACUCCUCUAAAACUUAAAUUAGAUGAAUUUGGUGAUCAAUUGGCAAAGGUUAUUACUGUAAUUUGUAUACUUGUGUGGCUGAUAAAUAUUCGUCACUUCAAUGAUCCUUCUCACCAUGGUUGGCUUAAAGGUGCUAUAUAUUAUUUUAAAAUAGCGGUUGCACUAGCUGUUGCUGCUAUUCCUGAAGGUUUGGCCGUAGUUAUCACAACAUGUUUAGCUCUUGGUACAAAAAAAAUGGCAAAGAAGAACGCAAUUGUUCGAUCUCUUCCAUCUGUUGAAACUCUGGGCUGUACGAGUGUUAUAUGUUCUGAUAAAACUGGUACUCUCACAACAAAUCAAUAUCAUAUUGAUGGUUCUAAUUACUCUCCACAUGGAAAAAUCCUUACGGCUAAUGGCGAAACUGUCAAUUUUCUUCCUGAAAAUAGUCCUUGUAUUAAUGAUCUAGCAAAAAUAUGUGCUCUUUGUAAUGACUCCCGAAUUGCUUAUGAUGAUACUACUGAAUCAUAUCAUAAUGUCGGUGAACCAACCGAAGCUGCUUUGAAAGUCCUUGUCGAAAAACUUGGAACAGAUAGUAAUUCAUUUAAUAAUACUUUGGCUUCAUGUUCUUCAAAAGCACGUGCUACUGCUUGUAAUGAUUACUAUGAAAAUAGGUUUCAUCGUUUGGCAACUCUAGAAUUUUCUCGUGAUCGUAAAUCAAUGUCAGUUAUUGUCCAAAAUAAUGACAAAUCAACAUUAUUUGUUAAAGGUGCUCCUGAAUCAAUAUUAAAUAGAUGUACAUGUAUUCAAUUAUAUUCUUCAUCCACUCCUAUUACCCUUACUCCUAUUAUUCGAGAAAAAUUAUUUGAAAAACUUUUAGAAUAUGGUCAUAAAGGUUUACGAGUUCUUGCUAUGGCCAAAAUCGAAAAUUGUCCUACCAAUUGGGAUCUUCGUGACCCUUCAAAUUUUGUUCAAUUUGAAAAAGAUAUGACGUUUAUUGGCUUAGUAGGCAUGCUUGAUCCACCACGUCCUGAAGUUGUGGAAGCCAUUAAAAAAUGUAAAACUGCUGGAAUAAGAGUUAUUGUUAUAACUGGUGAUAAUCAAAACACAGCUGAAGCUAUUUGUAGAUCAAUUGGUAUUUUUGGUGAACAUGAAGAUUUGACUGGAAAAUCUUAUACUGGUAGACAAUUUGAUGAUUUUUCAAAUGAUGAAAAAGCUGAAAUUUUAAAGCGUGCUAGUUUAUUUUCAAGAACUGAACCAUCACAUAAGAGUCAACUUGUUGAUAUACUGCAAAAAAAUGGUGAGAUAGUGGCUAUGACAGGAGAUGGUGUUAAUGAUGCACCAGCUUUAAAGAAAGCUGAUAUCGGUAUUGCAAUGGGCUCUGGUACUGAUGUUGCUAAACUGGCUGCUGAUAUGGUUCUUGCGGAUGAUAACUUUGCUAGUAUCGAAGGUGCUGUUGAAGAAGGGCGAUCAAUAUAUAAUAAUACAAAACAAUUCAUUCGGUAUUUAAUUAGUUCAAAUAUUGGUGAAGUUGUAAGUAUUUUCCUUACAGUUCUUCUUGGUAUGCCAGAAGCUCUUAUUCCCGUCCAACUCUUGUGGGUAAAUCUUGUAACUGAUGGUCUUCCUGCAACUGCCCUUGGUUUCAAUCCUGCGGAUCAUGAAAUUAUGCGCCGUCCUCCACGAAAUCCUCGAGAACCUUUUGUUGGAAAAUGGUUAUUCUUCCGUUAUAUGGUUGUUGGCACUUAUGUUGGUGCCGCUACUGUGUUUGCAUAUGCUUGGUGGUUUAUGUUCUAUUCAGAAGGUCCUCAAAUUUCUUUUGAACAAUUGACAAACUUUCACAGGUGUAGUGAUCUAUUCCCAGAAAUUGGCUGCGAAAUGUUUACCAACAUUAUGGCCAGUCGUGCUACCACUAUGUCACUUUCGGUUCUUGUCACUAUUGAAAUGUUUAAUGCUACAAAUUCUUUGAGUGAAAACGACAGUUUAUUCACAUUACCUCCUCCAACCACAAUUAAUGUUGCGGUGGUUGGUCACUUUUCAGGAACGAAGCAACAGGAGAUUGUUGUUUCUAGAGUAACGCGCUUAGAAUUUCUUAGGGCUGAUCCAAAUUCGGGCAAAUUACAAACUCUUUUAACUCAUGACGUUUUUGGAAUAAUUAGAUCUUUGACACCUUUUCGUUUGACCGGAGGCUCAAAAGUCGGAUCUGAUUCAGGACGUAUAGUCAUUUUAGAAUACAAUCCAACAAAGAAUAGAUUUGAUAAAAUUCAUCAAGAGACAUUCGGAAAAUCCGGAUGUCGACGAAUUGUGCCUGGACAAUACUUGGCUGUAGAUCCGAAAGGGAGAUCAGUUAUGAUCGGUGCCAUCGAAAAGCAAAAACUUGUUUACAUUCUUAAUCGCGAUUCUGCAGCUAAUUUAACCAUAUCUUCGCCAUUGGAAGCUCAUAAAUCACAUACAUUGGUACAUCAUUGUAUAGGCUUGGAUGUUGGUUUUGAUAAUCCUGUCUUCGCUUGCUUAGAAGUAGAUUAUUCUGAGGCUGACCUUGAUCACACUGGUGAGGCUUUUAAUAAUACCGAAAAGAUGCUAACGUAUUACGAAUUGGAUCUUGGUCUAAAUCAUGUUGUAAGAAAAUGGAGUGAUCCAGUUGAUGCACGAGCCAAUAUGCUAUUUGCUGUUCCUGGUGGUAAUGAUGGUCCUUCUGGCGUACUGGUUUGCUCGGAAAAUUUUAUAACAUACAAGCACCAACUUUCACCUGAACUUCGUGUGCCAAUUCCACGACGCAAGAAUCCGUUAGAGGACUCAUCGCGUGGGCUCAUAAUUGUUGCUGGUGUUAUGCACAAGAUGAAAGGAGUUUUCUUUUUUUUACUACAAAGUGAGGAAGGUGAUAUAUAUAAAAUCACACUUGACUACGAGGAUGAUAAGGUGAAGGCAAUUAAAAUUAAGUAUUUUGACACCGUGCCCAUCGCUGCAUCAUUAUGCAUACUUAGAGCUGGUUUUCUGUUUGUAGCUGCGGAAUUCGGAAAUCACCGACUAUAUUCGUUUACAAGCCUUGGUGAUGAUAAUGAUGAACCAGAGUGGUCCAGCGAAAAUUUUAUGGAUACCGAUCUAAAUCAUCCUGCGUUGGCAUACUUCACUCCUAGAGAGCUACAAAAUUUAGAACGGGCUGAUGAAUUGGAAAGCCUAAAUCCAUUAAUUGAUGCCAAAGUUCUGAACCUUACAGAUGAUGAUACACCGCAAUUGUACGCUUUAUGUGGAAGAGGUGCCUGUUCAACUUUUCGGAUAUUAAGGCACGGAUUAGAAGUAUCUGAGAUGGCGGUUUCUGAAUUACCUGGCAAUCCUAAUGCCGUUUGGACCACUAAACUUAAAUCCGAUGAUGAAUUUGAUGCUUAUAUUAUUGUAUCAUUUGUAAAUGCAACGUUGGUGCUAUCCAUCGGUGAAACUGUUGAAGAAGUAACUGAUACUGGAUUUCUUGCUACAACACCCACAUUGGAUGUUCAUCAACUUGGCGAUGAUGCUUUACUUCAAAUAUAUCCUCAAGGAUUGAGACAUAUCCGUGCAGAUCGCCGCGUAAAUGAAUGGAAGACACCUGGAAACAGAGCCAUAGUAAAAGCUACAACAAACAAACGUCAGGUUGUUAUAGCAUUAACAGGCGGUGAGCUCGUUUAUUUUGAGUUAGAUAACCAAGGACAGUUGAAUGAAUAUCAAGAACGCAAAGAAAUGACAGCAAAUGUACACUGUUUGAGUAUUGGAGAAGUUCCAGAAGGGAGACAACGGUCACGAUUUUUGGCUGUAGGCUGUGAUGAUAAUGCCGUUAGAAUCCUUUCACUUGAUCCUGACAAUACUUUAGAGGUUCUAAGUACACAGGGUCUAAGCGCACCUCCACAAUCUUUAUCCAUUAUUGAAAUGAUGGAUAUCGGUACUGAUGCUUCACAUGGAACGCUCUACCUUAAUAUAGGAUUACAAAAUGGAGUAUUAUUGCGAACAGUAUUGGAUACUAUAACUGGUGCAUUGACAGAUACUAGACAAAGAUUCCUCGGUGCUCGACCAGUUAAACUUUUUCAAGUCAAAAUACAGGGAUCUCCUGCAGUUUUAGCGCUGUCAAGUCGACCUUGGCUGAGUUAUACGUUUCAAUCUCGAUUACAUCUUACACCACUUUCAUAUGAUAUGCUGGAGUAUGGAUCCAAUUUCACGUCACCACAAGUUCCGGAAGGUAUUGUGGCAAUUUCUGCCAAUACUUUAAGAAUAUUUGCUGUGGAAAAGUUAGGGACAGUAUUUAAUCAAGCAACAAUACAACUUAAAUACACUCCGCGUCACUUUAUCCUUCAUCCAAUUUCGAGAAAUUUUGUUAUAAUUGAGAGUGAACAUAAUACAUUUUCUCCAGCGGAGAAGGAAAAGGCAUUGGAGGCAAAAGCGAAAAGUGGAGUUGAAUAUGAUCCUAAAUUAUUGGAAUUACCUCCGGAUACGUUUGGUUUACCCAAGGCGGAGCAUGGAAAAUGGGCGUCAUGCAUUCGUGUUCUGAACCCAUUCCAAGGCGAAACAAUGUCAUUAGUCGAACUUGAAGAUAAUGAGGCAGCAUUUAGUAUUGCUACAGUUAACUUUCAUGGACAAAAUAAUGAAUUAUUCCUUGUUGUUGGUACUGCAAAGGACGCAAAUUUGGCACCACGCACAUGUUCAGCAGGAUAUUUGCAUGUAUAUCAAUUUGUAGACGAAGGAAACACUUUAAAACUUGUACAUAAGACACAAUGUGAUGAUAUUCCUUUAGCACUUCUAGGAUUCCAAGGGAGACUUAUUGCUGGUGUUGGAAAAGCAUUGAGAAUAUACGAUAUGGGUAAAAGAAAAUUGCUACGGAAGUGCGAGUCAAAGGCGAUUCCAAAUUGCAUUGUUAAUUUACAUACGCAAGGAAAUCGUAUUAUUGUCUGUGAUAUGCAAGAAUCAGUUCAUUAUGCAUCAUACAGGCCACACGAUAAUCGUAUCAUAAUUUUUGCUGAUGAUACCACACCGAGAUGGAUAACAACCACAACAAUGAUAGACUACGAUACACUCGCUGGUGGAGAUAAAUUUGGAGAUUUCUUUAUUGAUCGGCUACCAGCAGAAACGAGUGAAGAAGUAGAUGAAGAUCCUACUGGAAAUAAAAUAAUGUAUGAAAAAGGAUAUUUGAUGGGGGACAUUAUCACAUCCCUUCAUCGAACAACACUUGUUGCUGGCGGACGUGAAAUUCUAACUUAUACUGGCAUAAUGGGUAGUAUUGGAGUAUUUGUCCCAUUUCUGACAAGGGAAGAUAUAGAAUUUUUCCAGACCCUUGAAAUGCAUAUGAGAAACGAAGCAUCACCUUUAGCUGGGCGUGACCACCUUCAAUAUCGUAGUUUUUAUGCUCCUGUGAAAAGUAUGGUCGAUGGUGAUUUGUGUGAACAAUAUAAUUUAUUACCAAUGGAUAAAAAGAAAAUGAUUGCUGAAGAGUUAGACCGUACUCCUGCUGAAAUACAAAAGAAAAUUGAAGACAUGAGAGUAAUGGCAGCGUUUUAA